GCUCUCUUUGGGAAGCCCUUGAUUUCAUUCGCUCAGAGCUUAGAAUAAAUGGUUAUUACUGCAUACCACUAUCGUGGGACAAACCCCAACUUCCCUUAUGAGAGUAAUACGGAAAUUGCAUGAAAAGUCUCUUCAGCGCGCCGUUUUUUCGCCGUUCCUCAGCUUUUUUGUUCUAGUUUCCUACUUCUGUUGCAUUGGAGCAGCAGUUGAUCGAAGGAAAGAGGAAAUAGCGCGGGACUUCCUCCAAACAGACCACGAAAAGAUCUGAGGAAUUGUUAUUAGCUUGAGGAAUGACUCAAAUACCGGGAAAUUCUUUUGUGUCACUGGAUCCCUUACAACCUUUAACCGAGGCUCUCGUUCACGAACGCAACCUUCACGAGGAUAUUGGAAGCAGAUGGAAAGAAUUGGCCCGAAAUUUGGGUUUUAAGAGGGUGGUAGUGGAAGCCAUUCAGAAUGAAAAUCAAAAAGAAAGUGAACGUUCCUUCCAUCUUUUGGUGCGAUGGAUAGAGAGGGAAGGCCAAGAAGGUGCCACUGCCGGAAAAUUAGCUGAUGCAUUGAAAAAAACCGAACUGAAAAAUCUGGCUGAAAGAUUGAUUGGUCCUUCCAAUGGUAGAAGAACGAUAUUGAUUGAAAUUACUGGGACCUUUGAACUUGAUGAUGGCAACGAGGUUAUGUUGGGUAUUGACUGCUUUGGAAAAACUAUAUAUUUCAUGUGGCCGGAGAGUGAGGGAAAAGAAUUUAAGACAUCCCCCGAGGAACUGAAGAAGUGUGUUGACGCUAGCAGCCACAUUGCUGCUGAAACUGUUGAAAUUACAGGCGAAGUGGGUGCAUCGGCAGAAAAGGCGAACAAUGGUUUUACCGAAGAGGAGCAAAGAAUUUUCAGCCAUUUGAAAGAUCUCCAAAGAAAGCUGAUGGACAUUGUGAAGAGUUUGGAGAUAUCCGAACUAAAGGAAGAUAAUUUUGCGAGGACCAACAAGCUGGAUUUCAUCGAGAAACAUAGCCGAACUCUACAGGAGCUGUACACCAAAGUAACCGGAAUAACAAGAGAGGCUUGUUAUUGUAACCAUAUUCUUAGGAGAACUUUCUACGACUUUACCUACCACAGCCUGAGAUCAGUGCAUAAUGAUCUUAGCGCUCGUCUGCAGGACCUAGAGUCGGAAGAGGAUGACAUGUCAGAGGAGGAGAAAAGAAAUCUGAAAAACCUAGUAUCGUACCAAAACGGCAGGAAAAAUCAAAUUAUGCAGCUGGAGAAACUUUGGAUACGGCUUUUCUCUCCGGGAGAUGAGUUGAAGAAGUCUGAAACAUCUCCUUCUCAGAGACAAACUCCGAUACCAUUUCAGAAACCCAGAUCAAGUACAGAAGGGGCCCGGCCAAAAGAGUUUAUAACAAAGGUGCAGUCAAGGAUCCCCUGGAAAAAGAAGAAGAUACAAGACAAAGAAUCUUGUGUUCUUAUGUCUUAUCAAGAUAAGAAAUCUGAGGACGAGAAAUAAUUAAUUGGCUGUCGUCGUUAAUCUGAGAUAGGUUUAUUAUCUUGCUUGGAGAGAACACUCCGGAAAUAGAUUUUCACUUGAUAGACUAGUGUUCUUGUGAUUAGUUCUAUUUCCCUUGUUAGCUGGUGGAUUUUGUGCUCAGUAAGUGGCAUGGCCAGAAGUUAAGACCAAAGGGUUGAGGUAUUGAUGUGCCACUAAACAAGAUGUUUUACCCGAUGGGUAGUUAAGAUAAACCACAACGCCUCAGCUUUGCUUUGUAAACAGUCAACUGAACUGGUUCACCAUCCUGCCCCCCCCCUCACCCCUCCACCCUUCUCCCCCCUUCCUCGGUGGUAUUUAACCAUCAAAGGAUUACAGUCUCAACAACUGAACAAGUGCAGAGGCUUUAGAUAUAUCUCAUUUAAGUUUUUUUGUAGAGGAGCGCUCCACAAUCUCUAUAUGGACGAAUCAAAUGAAAAUAACGAGUCCCAAUGCCAUUUUGUGUAACAACUGGCAGGGGUCAGGUAGAGUUUAAAUUUUUCACCUUUUAUAAUAUAUUUUAUUGAAUGUUAACCACAGUACUUUUGCGAUGUAACAGGUUGAUAAGAUAUGAUGUAUUGACUUUUUUUUACAUUAAGCAUUAAGUUAAGAUUUUAAAUCAAAGUCAGAUUUUAUUGGGUUUCAGCUAUGAAGUUGAGUUUCUCAACUUUAAUGUUCUUGUCUAACGUCCAUUAAUAAUUUCCAUUAAUGGAGGUGCUGUUCGUCAGCUGACCUUGUCUAGGUGUACAUUUACGUUCUUGGUUUGGCUUUUGCACUCAAAAUUUGAUUGUUUUAUCGGAAGCAUUAAAUAAUAUUUCGUUCAUCCGUGAGAUCCUCGUGAAAGUGCCUAGGUUAGGGUUCUGUUGACGAUCGAUGAAUGUUUAAUCUUCCAAGGUCAGUUGGCCUGCAUGCUUACUCAUGCCUGCCGAUAGCGAAUUAUAAAGUUAAGUUAAUCAGAGUCAGUCAGAAUCAGAGUUGUUAAACCGAACAGAGGUGAGAAAUGUUAAUCCGCUGCUAGCAGAAUUGUGGCGGAGCAAAGAGAAUGAUAAAAAUGAUAGACUCUUUCCAGCACUGUUCAUCUUUUAAUCAUUAAAUUUCGUCAAAGAUAAAUAUUGUGGUUAACAGGUUGUACUUGCAGCCCAAGAAGAACUUUACAAAGAACUUACUGGGUUGGACCCAGCGAUCCUGCGGGCGGACAAGUCAAUGUGAUCUCGCAGUACGAAUUGUUUAGAAAAUGUGUAAUUAUCCUGAAACUGAUAAGCCGUCAUUUUUAUUGUUGAUCAUCUUCAUUCUAUGUGAUCCUUUACCAUUCUCGUUCUUUUUGCUUCAUUUUACCUCUUUGUUAUGUUUGUUCAAUCUCUCAAACGAUUAUUUAUAAGUCUAAUUGUAAUAAAAGACAAUUUCGUAUAUGACGCUUAAGAUUACCCUCAAUAUCUUGAGUCGUCCCUUCUACAAUGUGAAGCCAUUUUUUUCUUCUAUUUUUUCAGUAUUUGAUUAAAGUCUGUAAGUUCCUGUAAAACAGGGCCUAUUUAUCAUCCCUAGUUCCCGAGUUUUUUUUAAUCAACAGAGGAUAUACUUUUCAUUUUGAUCAAGACUAGGAAUUCGCCUUUCUAGAUAAAAAUCGACACGAGAGGCUGAUCCUCGCUAGCACAUUAGUU